CAGCCUUAGGCCAAAUGGUUGCGGAAAUCCUUUAUUACGUAUAUAUUAAUGCAGUUAAUAAUUCAUGUAGCCAAGCUAUUACAACCAAAGAUUUAGGAAUUUUUAACACUGUGCAAGAAACAAAUGGGAAAACAAUUUAUACCAGUGACUACACUUCAGACUCUCUAUUGCUUCUUAUUCCUUUGUUUUCAACCUCUUUUAUAUGCACAAGAACAAAAUUUCCCGCCAGUAAUAACAUUUUCCCAGCCAUCAUAUGACUUGGUACCGGGUCUGGAGGUGACUAUCAGAUGUCUAGUAGACUCUCCUGAUUCGCCACUAGAGGAAGUCACGUGGCUAAAAAAUGGCGCCCCACUGCCAACAGAUAAUCGAAUCGCAAUAAAAACUGGAACAGGUUUCCGGUCCAGUGACCUGGUCAUAUCACAAAGUGACGUCAGUGAUGAGGGAACCUACACGUGUAGUGCUAAAAACCAAGCAGGGGUGGGAUCCAUGGAUGUCGCGCUAAGUAUAGGAAAUCCUUUUGGAGAGGGCCAGAUAGACGUGUUUGGAAACAUUGCGGGGGAAAGAGUUGAGCCCAGUGUAUUCGGAGACAACAAUAUAAAUGUCUUUGGAGACGUCCAAGGCGAGAUGGUCGGUAGUCUGUCGUCCCCAGAUGUUGUAUCAUCCGUAGGAGCUAUAUCAGUAGUAGAUCCUGCAGUACAAGAUCCUGGUGUUGUUGACACUCCUGUCGGUGCCCCAGUAGCAGCAGGCACCGUUGUUGCCGACACUAAUGGAAUUGGCGUUGCCACCAACGCUCCAGUUGUAGAUCAAGUAGUAGCGGACACCGCCGUUGUUGAUAAUCCUGCGGUUGUCGAUGUGACCAAUCCAUCUCCAGUGGUAGAUCCUGUGGUACCAGACACCGUUAUUGUUGAUGCACCUGUGGGUGAAACGGUCCUCACUCCAGUAGUAGAUGCAGCCGUUGUUGAUACGGCGACACCUGUUGAAGAAAUCAAACCGGAAACGCAGCAGACGGGAAUGUUGAACCCGACAUCAAAUACUGAUGCACUUGCUCCAGUUGAUCCAAAAACUGACACGCCGAAGAAAGCAGUCGUCAACAAACCGGAAACUAAAGAAGCGCCAGCUCCCAAAAGGGACAGAAUCAUUGGUGGAAUUGGCGGAGGAGGAUUCAUGGGCGGCAAAGAGAAAGCGGGUCUAUGUUCCUCUCAGUGUCGGACAAACACGGACUCUUGUUACCGUCCUGUGAACUGUACUCACUACGAAACAUGCUUCGCCCAAACUGGCAGUCUUUGUGAAUGUACAAAAAUUCGCUGCGCAUUUGGAACUUUCUGGAAUCCUCAGAUAAACAACUGCGAUGCAGUAAACAGCGUUAAUUGUGAAACAGAUCCAUGUCUGACAAAGAAACCAACGGAGACCUAUCCAAGCGGUAUCAACUGCAGAAGUUACUACAAAUGCUCUUGGCAAAACACUUCUAUGCCUUAUUGCUGCGAGGAAGGCUUUGCCUACGAUGACGCCGAAGGACGGUGUGUAGGAGACGAGGCCUGCACCAUUCCUUGUUCUGUGGACUCCUCCAACUUCAACCGUCAAGGCGAUGUUACCACCAAAGCCCCAAAAUACGAGUGCUUCUUCCGUCCAGUUAAAGGCAGGCCAAAGAAAUAUUGGAACGAGAUGGCCAAUCAGGAGCAGGACUGUCCCGCGUCCCUCGUCUAUAGACCGGAUAUCUGUGUGUGUGGAAACCCUUUGGAGUCGGAAACGGAGAGCAAAGUCGUGCCAAUCCCGGUUAAGAAAUGUGAUCCCGUGGUGUUCGUUGACUUUACGGGGAAAUCAAUUGUCAACAAGUCCCCUCGCAGAAUCUGGAUCGAUCCCACGGACACCCAGAUCACAAGAUCAGAAAAGGGAGCACAGUACGGACGAUUCAACGGCAUAACAUCACGUAUAUCCAUCCCCUUUCUUUCCGGAAUGUCAAUAACCAAACUGAUGGCGCGUCUCCGGUUCUUCACAGCCGGAACUCAAGGUCCAGACUCCCAAGUGUUGUUUUCUAAUUGUGAAACCGAAACGGUCAGGUGGAACUCUCCCGAAAUAAACAAAGACCUUUCUCCUUCCAUCGCCAUUAUUUUGAACCGGAAGCUUAACAGACUUGUCUUCUUGGGCUCGACCGAGGACCGUGCAUCAGAACAAGUGAUGAUGCUCCUACCAUUUAAGAAAAACGACUGGAAUAACGUUGAGUUGAUGUUUGACGGCGCCGAGCUGUCCGCCAGAGUGAGGGUUGUGGGUAAAGAUAAGCAGGCACUGGAGUUCAAGAAUUCUACAGCACUUACAGGUCGAUUGACGCCUGCCCAGAAACCAAUGCAGAUCGGACGCUGUAACGACCAAGAUGGCUUCUUCGGUUAUUUGGACAUGGUGAAGAUUUAUGACUGCACGCCGUGAAAAUAUUUCCACUGUAAUAUUUUUUUACGUAUAUUUAUUUCACUUUUUUAUACGAAAACGUGUGUAAUGUCUACGCUCAUUUUUUUUUUAUUUGUGUUGAAUUAAUGUUAUGCUCAUUAAACAUUUCUUAAUUGAA